AUGGCGUCGUUGUUUCCAUUGGAGGAACCUCAAUCCUCCAACACCCCGCAGAUCAUCGGCAAGGUGGCCGAUAGCUUGCUCCCAGCACCAGAGCCAUCGCUGCCGGGCUCUUCUUCACAAGGACAGCGCACCGUGAGCCCUUCGACGACUCCAUCGACACCAUCAGCCCAACGCCCUCCUCUACACGCCGACUGGCCAUCAGUGCAGCAGGCGCCGACCCCACCAUCACAGGGUCCAAUCCAGGCAGCAGCAGCCCCGUCAACACGCCAACAGCCAACCAUCGUGGCUAGGUUGACGCCGCCAACAUUCGACGGCUCUACAGAUCCACUACCAUGGAUCUCAAGGAUGCAGCUCCUCUUUAGGCUGCAGCACAUACCAGAAGAUGGGCAAGUUCGGUAUGCAGCAUUUCAUCUAACUGAAGCAGCGCACUGUUGGUAUAUACAGAUGAUAAAGGAGGCGCCAACAUCAGAGUGGACAGCCUUCACACGGCGCCUCAUCCGCGACUUCAGCCCUCCAACCAAACAGGAAGCACGGGAUGACCCCGCUCCUCCCCGUCACAACGACGACCUGAACGACUACAUCGACACCUUCACCGAGUACACAGUACGCACUGGCAUCACCAGCGACCUCCAUCAAGUCAGCCUCUUCAUCAAUGGUCUACAACACAAGCUUCGGGACGCGGUCGCUCAAUAUCAACCGCAGGAGAUGGAAGCAGCCGUCCUCCUCGCCCGCGCCCUGGGCGACAUCGCAGCAACUCCACUCGUCGAUCCCGACGCAGCUCGGGAACAGGAGCCGCACACCACAGCAAUUCGAGUGGACAAUGAGUCACCUCCACAUCCUCCUCCGGCGAACCUGACGACCCGCACACCAUCAGCAGGGGCACUAAUCCCACAGUUCGGCUACAAUUCAGCAGCAGCAAUGUACGCCCGCCAGUUGAAGCUCAACCCACCUCAAGCAGCAGCCACGGCGGACAACCUAUCGGCGUCCUCCCCGACUUCCAACUGCAACCGCAACAAGACUCUGCGCUCCAUCGACAUCUCCGACACUCUUGUUCAGCUUCGGGGAGCCUCCACGGAUGAGCGUGAGCUUCAGAUCAUCUACGACACUAUUACACUGCAGGCAGCGGCUCCAGCUUGGACGAUCCGCGAAGGCGUCAUCUACUACAACAACCGCCUCUACAUACCAGCAUCCUCCCCGCUACUGCAGGACAUACUCGAGUCGAUUGGAACUACAGCUCCGCAUCUCCCAGCGAUCGGCCUCCACACGACUUCUUCACCGACAACGCAAGCUUUCCCCUCGAGUAUUCUACUCCUCGAGGCCUGGACACAACGCAUGCUUCCAUCGGCCACGGUCGUCUUUUUCGACAACAAUGGCCAACAGUUCCUCUCCAUCAAGGACGUCUACAUCGGCUACGGCCCCCCCUGA